UGCACGCUCGAGUGUGCGCGGCCAUUCGAAGUGCAGCAAAAAGUGACACCCACGAGUGAAAUUUGAACACUAGAAUAUUAAUCAUACAUACGAGUUAUAGAAAAUCUAUAUAAAUGGGAUACAAUGUCUAAACGUACAAUACGAGAAAUUGUAAGACAAAUCAAAGAGGGCACACUUUCUGCAAAAGAGCUUUAUAAUCGCUGUCGUAAACGAGCUGAGGAACUUCAUGAAUUGAAUUUUUUUGUUACAACAACGUUUGAUUCUGCCAAAUACAAUGCUGAAAAAACUGAUGAAAGAAUUUCAAAAGGUGAAACACACAGAGUGCUUGAUGGAAUAACAGUGGCUUUCAAAGACAACUUUUCAACCAGUAGUGUUGAAACAACUUGUGCCUCAAAGACCCUUCUUGGUUACAAGCCACCAUAUACAGCCACUGUAGUUCAACGAAUGUUGGAUGAGGGCGCUGUCAGUAUGGGGAAGCUAAAUAUGGAUGAGUUUGCAAUGGGGUCUUUUUCGGAUAGCGAUGUGCAUGGUCCUGUUAGAAACCCCUGGGGUUAUCCGUUUGAACAAUCAGCAGAACUUAGGCGGAUGAACCAAUCGGAUGGUAGUACAGGUCAUGUGGAGAGCAUUGGAGAUUCUGAUUGGUUUGUCAGUGGAGGAAGCUCAGGCGGAAGUGCUGUGGCCGUGGCAACUGGUGUCUGUUUUGCUGCACUAGGGUCAGACACGGGUGGAUCUGUGAGAAUGCCUGGAGCCCACUGUGGAGUUGUCGGCUACAAACCAACAUAUGGACUGUUAUCAAGACAUGGCCUUGUCCCCUUGGUAAACUCCUUUGACUGUCCCGGAAUCCUUACAAAAUAUGUCGAGGACACAGCUGUGGUUUUAAAUGUUAUAGGAGGUCAUGACCCCUUGGAUUCUACAACACUGCCAAGUCCAUUUCAUCAAAUUACUCUACCAGAAGAAAUUUCUGUCAAGGAAUUGCACAUUGGUAUCCCAAAGGAAUAUCAUUCGCCAGACAUGACGGAUAAUAUCUUAGAAGCAUGGUCCAGGUGUGUGGAUAUGUUUGAAAGGGCAGGUGCCCGUAUUUCGGAAGUCUCCUUGCCAAAUCACCAGUAUGGGGUUGCUUGUUAUGAUAUAAUAUGCCAUGUCGAAGUGGCAUCGAAUAUGUCGAUAUAUGAUGGUAUAGAAUUUGGUCAUCGAAGUAAGAUAGGAGAUUCCACCGAGGAACUAUACGCUGAGACUAGACAUGAGGGUUUCCAUGGCAUUGCUAGAGGGCGUAUCCUUAAUGGCAACUACUUUCUUUUAAAAGAUAACUAUGAAAAGUAUUUUGAGCAAGCAAUGAAGGUGCGCCGUUUAAUUUCCAAUGAUUAUGAGAAUGCGUUCACAAGUGGUAUCGACAUUCUUCUGGCACCAACUACUGAUUCUACUGCGAUUACUUACAAAAAAUACUGCGAAAAUGCUCAGACCGGUAAAACUAUGAUGACUGAUAAUAUCACAUUACCGGUCAACUUGGCAGGACUUCCUGCAAUCUCUGUGCCAGUAUGUUUGACCUCGAAUGACCUACCGAUUGGUCUGCAGCUCAUUGGAUCAUGUUUCUCGGAUAAGGAUAUUUUAAGAGCAGCCAAGUGGCUUCAAGAUCAGUGUCAGUUUCCUCAUCACAUACUUGAUGAGAAGUUAAGGAAAUAUGAGUGCCUUAACCUUUGAACUACAAGGGUAGUUUUUUAAAACAUAUUUGAUGACUAGUUGAGGAGAUAUGAAUGCAUAAACCUUUGAACUAUGAGGGUAGUUUUUUAAAAGAUAUUUGAUGACAAGUUGAGGAGAUAUGAUAGUGUAUAUAUUAACCUUUGAACUAUGAGAAUAGUUAUUUUUUAAACAUACUUAAUGACAAGUUGAGGAGAUAUGAAUAUAUUAACCUUUGAACUACAGCAUGAGGUUAGUUUUUGUUAACAUACUUAAUAACAAGUUGAGGCAAUAUGAAUAUAUUAACCUUUGAACUAUGAGUAAUUUUUUUAUGAGGAUUUGCCCAAAAACCUAAAAAUUCACUCAAUUAAGUCAAAGGCCAGAAGGGCUACGAAAAGCUCAAUGGAGCUAGAGAAGUAAAUAAUACUCCUCCAAAAGUAAACAAGAUCAAAUAAUUGAGGAUAAUGUUCACAUAGACUGAGUUCCAAAUUUGAAUGGGAGAAAAGAUUUUUUUGCAUACUACUGGUGAAACUGGGUGAAGAGCCAAGUUUCUUGCUCAAGUAUCUUGAAUGGAGGAACUAAUUUAGCCAGACGGGAUGAACACCUGCCAAACUGUGCUGAUGGGAGGGCGCGAAGGUAA